UUCUUUGGAUUUUAGUUCCACACGUUUGCUUUAAAUACUCCCAAACAAGUUCCUUAAACUUCAUAAUGAUCCAAACCGCGUGGGAUGAUGGAUAACAUUCUUGGUCUUCUCAAACUUCGUAUCAAAAGAGGAAUCAAUCUUGCAAUCCGUGAUGCUAAUUCCAGCGACCCUUAUGUUGUUGUCAACAUGGGUGAACAGAAGCUGAGGACUCGUGUAGUGAAAAACAAUUGCAACCCUGAGUGGAACGAAGAAUUAACCCUUUCAAUAAGUGAUGUUCAUACUCCAAUAAAUCUGACAGUUUUUGACAAAGACACAUUCUCUAUGGAUGACAAAGUGGGUGAUGCAGAGAUAGACUUGAAACCAUAUGCUAAUGCUGUACAGAUGAAAUUGGAUACUCUUCCAGAUGGUUGUGCAAUCAAGAGGGUUCAAGCAAAUAGGACUAAUUGUCUUGCUGAAGAGAGUAGUUGUAUUUGGAAAGAUGGGAAAAUAGUCCAAGAAAUGACUCUAAGAUUGAGAAAUGUUGAGAGUGGUGAAUUGGUUGUGGAAAUUGAGUGGGUGGAUAUUCCUGGUAGUGGAGGUCUAUUAGGAAUACAAAUUUAACUUGUCUCCCUUUCAAUAACAAUCAACAAAGUCUUAUUGUACGUGAGCUUCAUACAUGAAUAAAACUGAGUCAUAAUGUUGUGUUGUGAUUAUUGUAA